GCAUGUCUGUCUGUCACACAGAAAUCAAACAGUAUGUUCCUUGAAAAAUAGAAACAUAGUUCGAAAUGAAUUCGAAAUUUUUAUAUUUUUAAUAAUUAUUUUACUAUUCUAGUGGUUAUAUUUCUGAACAUUAAUCGCUGGUUAAUUUUGAGUAUAUCAAUAAAGAUUAGUCUUUCUAAAUAUUAUUACUAUGGCGGUAUAUGUGACUAAAAAUAUGUUAGUAAAAUUAAACAGAUUGAGCUAUUCAACAAACUAUGUAAACGACUGUGAGGGAAGCAGUAAUACCAGUAAUACUGACCACUGGGAAAAACUUAAAGAUAGCGAAAGUACUGAACGUUUAUCUAAGGACAUGAUCUGUAGAGUUUGUGCUAAAAGUGGAUGUACACCAUUGACAGAAAAGAUAAAUGGAUAUGAUAUAACAAGUGCUAUUCGCAGUAUUACAAAUGUUAAUAUUGAGCUCAGUGACUCUUUGCCUAAAUAUAUUUGUACAGAUUGUUUGGGACAUUUGAAGACUGCCAUGACUUUCAAGAGAACAUGUGAAACAUCUGAUAGGAAAUUUAGAAAAAUAUUAAAUCCUAUGGGUGAUCCAUCCAUGCACUCAUAUCCAUAUUCUAAACAUGAUUUUCAAUUGAUUUUACAUCAAAUGAAACAAAAAAGAAUCAACUAUGAAGAGAAAUUGGAAAAGCAACGAAAGAAAAGGGAGAGAUUAGAACAAAAGAAAGUGCCUAAGAUAAAGCAGUUUCAAUGUUCACCUUGUGAUAUGACAUUCCCAAAUAAGGAGAAACUGAUACUUCACCGACGUGAGAGACAGUGCAUGCGGCGUGCCUGUGACGUAUGCGGGCAGCUGGUGUUGAGCAUCACACAACACAUGCGACACAUACACAAGCAGACUGUGCGUCACAAGUGUUCCACUUGUGGCAAGGAAUUCCCAAUUAUUGCUCGACUUAAAAAUCACAUGCUGGUCCAUACAAAUACAUUCAAUUUCUUUUGUGACCUCUGUCCAUAUAAAUGCAAGCACAAAUACUACCUUGUGAUGCAUAUGCGCACACACACCGGGGAGAAGCCUUACAAAUGCCAACAGUGCCCAGCUACAUUUGUGAACCCCUCUAAUUUAAAUAAACACAAACUGACACAUCGGGAAAAACAAUUUAAGUGUAUGUUGUGUGAGAAAGCAUUCCGGACGAAUACGGCGCUAAGGGAACACCAAGAAGCUACACACUUGCACAUCAAGCACACAUGCAACUUCUGUGGCAGGGAUUUCUGUUAUAAAUCAGACCUUCGCAAGCACGAAAUACGAAAUCACAAUCGUAUGAAGCGUGAUUACAUCGGCGGCGAACCAAGUUACAAGCAAGUAGAAAGGAUGCAGAAAUUGCAGGAGAGCGAAGAUAUUGGCAAGUGGCGUAUACAAACCGUAGACGAGACAACAACCGGUCCUGUAGUGCAGGCCACAUACAUUGAUCAGAACCUACAAACUACACACUCUAUGUACUUCUCUGACGUCAAUGGAAUUAUACAACAACAGCCUCAAAUGGUUCAACAGCCGACUGUACAGUUGUCAUUGCCGGAGCUGGAAAUGAAGAAUGAAGUGAAAAUUUACGAUGCGCAGCAAGGAAUUUAUUUUUAAAAUGAUAUAUAAUAGAACUCAUUACAUUAUAGCGGUAAGUAUCAUGUU